UGAAUUUUUUGAUUUGGGCCCAAAGUCUCUGAUCCAAAGUCUCUGCUUCCUCCUCUGUCUGUCUUCAAACGCAGGGUUUCAGCUCCGAUUCCGGCCGAGCAAAUCAACAGCAGCCUCACGCUACUGCUCCCUCUGUUUCUAGCAUCGGUGAAAUCGAUCCAUCAUGCCUACUGUCAGUGUCGGAAGGGACCUUCUUUUCCAAGCCCUAGGGCGCACUUACACACAAGAUGAAUUCGAUGAGUUAUGCUUCGAAUUUGGAAUAGAGCUCGACGAUGUGACAACCGAGAAAGCCAUUAUAAGAAAGGAGAAACAUCUAAAAGAAGAAGACGAAAUUGGUGGCAAUGAAGAAAUAAUCUACAAAAUUGACGUCCCUGCGAAUCGGUAUGAUUUGCUUUGUCUUGAGGGGCUUGUUCAGGCACUGCGCAUAUUUUUGGGCAUUGAUUCCGUACCUAAAUACAAACUUGCUGAUGAUAUUGGUAAGGAAUCUAUGCUGAAAAUGCAUGUAAAGCCUGAGACGUCUGUGAUUCGUCCGUUUGUUGUUUGUGCUGUUUUGAGAGGUAUAGAGUUCAAUGAGGCGAGAUAUAACAGUUUUAUUGAUCUUCAAGAUAAGCUUCAUCAGAAUAUAUGCAGGCGAAGAACUCUGGUUGCUAUUGGAACACAUGAUUUGGACACAAUAGACGGCCCAUUCACGUAUGAGGCUUUGCCACCGUCAGAGAUAGAGUUCAAGCCACUAAAACAGGUGGAAACUUUCAAAGCUGAUAAGCUGAUGGAAUUUUACAAGUCUGAUUUGAAACUUAAGAAAUACUUGCACAUAAUUGAAGAUUCACCUGUUUACCCUGUUAUUUAUGAUCGAAACAGAACCGUGUUGUCUCUUCCGCCAAUAAUUAACGGAGCACACUCGGCUAUCUCUUUGAAGACCAAAAACGUGUUCAUCGAAUGCACAGCCACCGAUUUGACCAAGGCCAAGAUCGUUUUGAACACAAUGGUUACAAUGUUCUCCGUGUACUGCAAACAAAAGUUCAUGGUUGAACCAGUUGAAGUAACAUACCCCGAUGGGAAAUCCUAUAGUUGCCCUGAAUUAUCACCCUAUGACAUGAAGGUGUCUUUAUCAUAUAUAAAUCAUAUAGCAGGGAUUUCAUUAGAGGCAAAUAAGGUUGCUGGAUUGUUGAACAAAAUGCAGUUGCAUGCGGAACAAACUGUCUCUGAAGAUAACGAAUGCACUUUUAUUGUGUCGGUUCCCCCUACCAGAAGUGACGUUCUUCAUGCAUGUGAUGUAGCAGAGGACGUGGCGAUUGCUUAUGGUUUCAAUAAAAUUCCAAAGCGGAUGCCUGCAUCUUUGAAGCCCUUGCCGCUGAAUCAGUUCAGUGACCUUAUCAGAACAGAGAUCGCAUUGUGUGGUUACACGGAAGUGUUAACAUGGAUCUUAUGUUCUUACAAAGAGAAUUCCGCCAUGCUGAACCGUAAAGAUGACAAAUCUACUGCAGUUGUCAUUGGAAAUCCCCGCUCCGCAGAUUUUGAGGUUGUAAGAAGCAGUCUCAUGGCUGGAAUACUGAAAACGGCCGCCCACAAUAAAGAUCAUCCGAAACCUAUCAAGAUAUUUGAAGUAGGCGAUGUAACUGUAUUGGAUGAGUUGAAAGAUGUUGGGGCCACAAAUCAUCGCCAACUGGCAGCUCUUUACUGUGGCGCUACUUCUGGUUUCGAGUUGAUACAUGGUCUAGUAGACAGAAUCAUGGAAGUAACGGGCACUCCUUUUGUAUUGGCUGGGGACAAUACUGGUUACUACAUUGAGCGCUCAGACGAACCUGAGUUUCUUUCGGGAAGACAAGCUAGCAUCAUCUACAAAGGGAAGCGGAUAGGAACUUUUGGUAUUGUUCACCCACAGGUGCUGGAAAACUUUGACAUAUCCGAUCCAUGCUCCGUCGUGGAGCUCAACAUCGAGAGCUUUCUAUAGAGGCUUGAUUUGAUCGUGACUAUCUUUUUCGUGGUCUUCUAGUUGUAAUUGAUAGUAAAAAAUUGGUUGAAGGGUCGGCUCUGUACAGGGUGUACAACUGCACAGGGCCCACUAUUGUGGGACGUGAAAUGCCGGGUCGAAACCCGACAUCCUUUUUUCCCUCAAAAGCCCAAGAUCUAAAUGUUUUUUUUUUCCUUCACUAGUUUGCUUUAGGGCCAACCAUGUUAUCAUAAUUUAUUUAUUUUUAAUCAAAAUAUUGAUUUACACGUAAUCAAAAUUGACACAUUUGCAAUUG